UAUAAAUAUCUACAGUGGAGGACUGAAAUCCACAGCCGGAUGGGUUUCUUUUUUGCGGCUGAGCUCCUGUGCUUCGGUCAGGCCUGAAAACUUACAGGCAGUUCUGUCCCUCCGCAGCUGUGACUGUGAAGCCGUCGGCCAGAUGGACGGACGAUACCGCCACCUGCUCCUCCUGAGUUACCUGCUGCUUUCCAGCUCCUUCGGGGUUUAUGCCGAUUCCUGCGACAAUGAAGAUGACUGUGGGCUCCUGAAUGCCGUGCCCUACAUGGUGGUGGGGGGAGGACUCUUGGCCUUGGCCGCCCCAGCCGGACUGACAGCGUUGGGCUUCACGAGCCUGGGCAUUGCUGCCAAGUCCGUGGCUGCCAGCCUGAUGAGCUGGUCCGCGGUGGCGAACGGUGGGGGGGUGGCAGCGGGAGGGCUGGUCGCCACCCUCCAGAGCCUCGGAACCCAUGUGAGCACCACCACCUUGGCCUCCGCCGGAGCAAAGCUGGGCCAUUCCUACCACCAGAACUACGUUUGUGGCCAGAAAAAGAAAAAGGAAUAGUGUACAGCCGGUCGCUCCCCACUGCCCAGGCCCUCCGGAGUCACGAGGAGCAGGCGGACUCUGUAGCGAGGAAGGGACGGACGGUCGGGGAGCAGGACUGGGCUCUCGCCUGGACCGUGCGGGGAGCGGGAGUGGAGUUUCUGCUUCCCCUGUAACUCAUUCCGGCGCCCAACUGAUCAUGACUAUUCAGUAAACCUGACAACCUUCUGAACCAA